GCGCGACGGGAGGGAGGGGCCCGGCGGCUCCGGAGACGGUACCGGAACCAUGGAGAAGUUUGGGAUGAACUUCGGGGGAGGCCCCAGCAAGAAGGACCUCCUGGAGACCAUCGAGAGUCAGAAGAAGCAGCUCCUUCAGUACCAGGCCCGCCUCAAGGAUGUGGUGCGGGCCUACAAGAGCCUCCUGAAGGAGAAGGAAGCCUUGGAGGCCAGCCUCAAAGUGCUGUCUGUGUCGCACGAGGCCGACGUGGGCCCCCCGGGACCCGGCCCCUCCCUGGCCGACCCCACGGACGACAGGUGCUCCACGCACAGCGAGGACAGCACGGGCACCGCCACUAGCUUGGAGACGGCGGGCAGCCUCACCAGCACCAAGGGCGAGCCGGGGCCGGAGGACGAGAGGCCGGCAGCCGGCCCCCCGCUUCCGAAGUCGGAGGAAGCGAGUGGCUCCGAGAGCGGCGUCAGCACCAGCAGCGGGGAUGUGCCCGCCGGAGGCGGGGAGGCCGACAGACGACUGCAUCAGCUGAAGACCCAGCUGGCCACCCUGACCAGCUCCCUGGCCACGGUGACCCAGGAAAAGUCUCGCAUGGAGGCCUCGUACCAGGCCGACAAGAAGAAGAUGAAACAGGACCUGGAGGAUGCCAGCAAGCGGGCCGAGGAGGAGAAGGACCGACUGGAAGGGGAGUUGAAGGGUCUGCACGAGCAGAUGGCGGAGAUCAAAGCCCGACUGAUCGCGCAGCAGCACGACCGGGCCCAGGAGCAGGGCGACCAUGCCGUGAUGCUCCGUGAGCUGCAGAAGUUGCUGCAGGGGGAGAGGGCGCUCCGGCAGGACGUGGAGCUCCGGCUCGAGGAGACCCGGGAGGCCCUGGCCGGGCGAGCGUUCGCCGCUGACCAGGUGGAAGGCUUCGAGCUGCAGACCAGACAACUGCUCUUCGAAGUGGAAGAGCUCAAGAGCGAACUGCAGUCUUUGCGGGAAGAGAAGAGCCGGCCAGACCCCCGCCUGCAAGAGCUGCAGGAAGAGACCGCCCGUCUUAAGAGUCACUUCCAAGCCCAGCUGCAUCAGGAAAUGAGGAAGACAGCCCUCGCCGAGGAUCAGCUCCGACAGCACUCGCAGAUGGAGGAGCAGAGGGUGGCUGCCCUGGAGGGCCAGGUCUCCGAGGUUUCCGAGCUUCUGGGCACGUACGAGAAAGCCAAGCAGAAAGACCAGCUGGCCAUCCAGAAGCUAAAGGAUCGCAUCUUGCAGCUGGACAUGGAGAACAAGACCCUGGCCCUGGCCGCCUCUAGCCGCUCCCCGCUGGAUAGCCCCAGUGAGGAGGCCAGCCUGGAUGUCAACGUGCUGAAGGACAAGAUGGAGAAACUGAGGCGGUUGCUGCAGGUGGCCUCCAGGAAGAGCCAGGCAGCCCUGGAUGUGGAGAAGCUGAGUGAACUGGAGAUCCUCCCGAGCUCAGAGACCGCCGACGGCGAAAAGGCCACCGCCCUGUACUACCAGCAGGAGCUGAAGCAGCUGAAAGAGGAGUUUGAGAGGUAUAAAACGAGGGCCCAGGUCGUCCUCAAGAGCAAAGCGACCAAAGACGGCAACCUGGCCAAGGAGCUGGAGGAGGCGCAGGAGCAGCUGGCGGAGCUGAAGGAGAAGUACAUCUCCCUGCGGCUGGCCUGCGAGGAGUUGGAGCGGCAGCGCCGGCAGGAGGCCGAGGAGGCGAAGCAGGAGUUGGUCCGGCUGCGGCAGGCCCACCGGCAGGAGCUGGACAGGAGCCAGCUGGAGUUCAGGGACCGGAUGGCCAAGCUGGAGGAAGAACUGCACAAGCAGAGGGACCGGGCCCUGGCCGUCCUCUCGGAAAAGGACCUGGAGCUGGAGCAGCUGCGUUCGGUGGCCCUGACCGCCGGGCUGCAGGGCCACAAGGCCCCGCCGGGCGGGGGGAGCGGCGAAGACGGAAGCGACCCUUCCUCGGACAGCCUGACCCGGGCCCUGCACCUGGCGGCGGCCAACGAGCCCACCUUCUUCCUGUACGCCGAGCAGCUGGCCCGGAAGGAGGUGGAGAUCGCGGCCUCGAGGAAGCAAAGGCACAGGCUGGAGGUGGAGGUUCACCAGUUGCAGGACAGAUUGCUGGUGGAGGGGGAACGGCACCGGGAGGAGGUGUGCGCCUUGCAGGGCCACAUCGAGAAGAGCUUUAGGGACCAGAGCAGGGAGGGGGCUAACCUGGAAUACCUCAAAAACAUCAUUUAUCGCUUUCUGACUCUGCCGGACUCCCUGGGCCGCCAGCAGACCCUCACGGCCAUAUUGACUAUCCUGCACUUCAGCCCGGAGGAGAAGCAGGACAUCAUGCGGGUUCCCGCCGGCAGCAGCUGGUGGCCUUCCGGCAAGAGAUGAGGCCCCGGCUGGGUUUCUCCCCCCACCCUCCCGGCCGUUCCCUCCCCCGCCCCUUGUCCCUGGGUCCCCUCCGUGCGGGGAGGAGGAGUCUCGUCCCCGUCUCCGUUUCCCUCAAAGCCUCGUUUGCCUCUGUCCCGGUCCGAGGUGGCCGGGGCUUCCUCGACGAGCAGAGUCUUUUUUGCCAAAUGAUGCCGUUGGGGCCAGCUCGGCCCCACUGACGGUGUUUCACUUGAGAAGAAGGCCCUCCUGGUGGGCUUUUGGGAUCGGAGGGGACGACCGUCAGGGGAAAAGUGAUACAUUUUUAACGAGAUUUUUUUUUAACACUCCCGAGGCCCUGCGGAGACAUGAACCUCCGACCCAACACAGCCCACCCCCCCAGAAGCAGCUCAAUAGAUCCGACUCUCCUCUUCCCCAUCUCACCCCCUGAGUUCUAUCCAAAUGCGGGUAGGUAAAGGAAGGGCGUGGGACAAAACAAAGGGCCGCUUGCCGGACCCGCAGAGGUCAGUUUCAUUCUAGCUCAGUCGAAGGUGGGAGGGUGGGUCUGGACCUAGGUGCAAUUGUCCAGCCGCAGAGCUUGACCGGGGUAGGGCUGCGGCCAGCCAGAGAGGACCCGGGACCCUAAGAUACCUUCACAAUGGUCCUAGUCUCCCUGAUUUCUUUUGAAAGGAUGAGCUGGGCUUAGGGUGGGAUUUCCCGGGAAUGUCACCAGUGCAUUGAGUCCCCUGGACUUGUCUCCGGUCAGACUCCUCCCUCUCUCCCACCUCUCUCCUUACCAGCCCGGUCCUUAGGUGGGGAAUAACGGCUAAGUGUGGGGUGAACAGCCGAUUGCCUUGCUCUGUUUUCUUCAAAGUUGGACUUCCAGACCUGAAGACCUCCCUCUACCUGGAUGCAGAGAAAUGUUUUAGCGGCUGAUGAUUCGAUCCUCUGUAUCUCUGGCCCAGAUCCCAGCUCUGAUUUAGUUCCAUUUAUUACCAUUAUAGUUACUUCAUUGUAUCUAACCUAUCGCCUGGUUGUUUCAGGCAGCGUUCUCUAGCACGGGUCUCUUGAGAUCCGGGGCUGGGUAUUACCAAAAGGGAGAUUGUUUGGGCCUUUUAACCGCUAACUUUGCUAGCGACACUUCAUUCUCAAUGCAACUCCUAAAUCUAUAAUUGAGUGGACUCCUCCGCUUAUGAGGGACACAGUCCUGUUGGGCGUUAGAGGAUGCAGGCCCAAGAGAUUCGUUUUGGGUAGUAGCCUUGUAAGCCAGACUAGUACUUAUGAAGGCAUUACCCACCUUCUUUUCAAACUUACCACAUCUCUCGGCAGCCUUCUGAAAAAUCGGUGGGGAUGGGGAGGGUGAGGGAGAUGGGACCCAAGAUUUGGUUCGCAAGGCUGAGAAGACAGCCUGUGGUCAUUCCAGAAUCCAGCUGCCGGUCUCUAGCUGGUGGUUUGGUGGGUGGACGGCGGAAUUGGGGGAAGGCGGUGAGGACUGUUGCUUUGCUGUCACCAGCAGGACCUAACAUUUCUCUGCACCUUUGCCCUGGGGCGUAGAGGAGUUUUCUUGUGGAGCUGGGAGCUGGGCCUCCAUGGAAGGAGUGGCCACCAAACUUACUGCAUUCCUUCUCCUCAACUCCUUCCCACGGGGUGACUGCUGGACCUAAGAUUGAGACGGUAGCUGCAUGGUGAUGGACUGAGGUGGCUACAAGGAGCUAAACAUGUUUGGAACAGAAGUGGUUUGCUUUAAUAAAGACGUUAUCAAAUUGUA